AUGGACUUGGGGAAGAGGGAGGUGGCCAGUCUGGGGCAGGCAGGACAGAGUAACAGCUGCAGAGAGGGUGUGCUGCAGCUCACGAGGUCACCGAGAGUCAGCUACGACUUAGCGACAGCCACCCACUCCCCAUGGGACCUGUCCCCGCGGAGCAGGCUCAGGCGCUCCAGGGCAGUCUCAGGAGCAGACGGCUGCGGGUCAGGAGCAAGGCUGCGAGGCGGUCCACCGUCUGCAUGUCACUCGACAGAGCCGCUUCCCUCCUGUGGCCGCCUGGGCGUCCUCCAGGAGCGGCCUGUCCAAGCUCCUCUCUCGCCACCAUCUCCACAGUCAGUAGCGACCUUCUCCCUGGUUUCCUCUCCAAACCCCAAGUUCCCGCACCCAGGGUUCCACACCGGUCAGCGCGUGUCUCAGGCUUGGGUACACGGGCUGUGGCUCAGACCCUCUGCGUAG